GGAGGUGCACUUCUUCUCGUCGUCAUGACUCUCAGCCUGUUGACAUUUCUCUGUCUCGGUCUUUGCCUCCCAGUGUGGAAUGCCCUGAGGGUCACCCAGCCGUACCGUGUGGUGAGUCAUCGUGGUGAGGUGGAGCUGUUCUGCUCCUACCACCACACAGGGAGACAUGAACCGGAGGAGCUACGGAUCACUCUGUACCGGGGGAUGUACGGGGAGCAGGAAGAACAGAAGGUGUGCACGUCCUCCUUCACCCACAACAACACAGCCUUCCAGGUGGAGGGAGAGGGAGAGAGGAAGGUGCGUUGUCGGGGCCAGUUAAGGCCAGGCAAGGUGAACCUGACUAUCUCUGGUCUCAGGGGUAACGACACUGACCUGUACCGCUGUGCCAUAGAAGUCCUGUACCCUCCGCCAUACCUGAGGACGUUUGGGAAUGGUACCCUACUCUAUAUAACAGAGGAACCAGGGUGCUUUACCCCAGAGGCCCAGAGAAGAGAUGAUGUAACAGGAGAAACAUCCGUCAGACUACCCUUAGCAGGACUGGCCGCAGUAUUAAUAGUAAUCUCUGCCAUUGCUAUCCUCCUCGUUCAUCAGGUUCUACAGAGGAAGAGAAGAUUUGAAGCAAUAGUACCGAUGAUGUCAAAGAAUGAUGGAAGAUUUGAUUAUGGGAACUUCCAAUGAAGAAUUUUUAAAAUACAUAUCUAUAUGUUUCAUUGUGUUGUAAUAUAAAGAAAUAGUGAAAUCAAGUCUACAACUAGUCUCGAAUAAAUUAUUUGCUUUUGAUCAA